AUGGCCCCGCCCCGGAGGUGUGGCCUGUGUGUUGCUCGGCUCGCCCGGCGCCCCGCAGUCCUGCCCCGCGGUACGGCACGUCGUGGCGGGCGCCUUGGUCCCCCUCUGGGGAGAAAUGUUAAAGUGACUUUGAAAUGCGGGGUUUUCCCGGGGGUGCUGCAGGACGUGAACCCUGACCGGAGCCUUCUCCUGCGGACAGUGAAGAACUUGGAAACUGGCAGAAGCGCUCCAGGAAUGAAGGUGUUUUUUGGCCAUGAAAUAGUCAAUGUGGAAUUGCUGGAUGAACCAGAUUCAGGGAAGGGAACAGCAGUAUUUUCUGAGUAUGUUGAAUUUUCAGUGGAUGUAACUGUUUUACAUAUUGGUGAGCUCAGAGCCUCAAAUAUCUUAAAAUACUCCCUCUCAGAGAAGGAAGAAGAGAAUGUGGAAUACACAGUUGUUGAUUGUUUCCAGCAGAAAUUUGGCCCAGCAGUGCUGCACCUAAAACAGCAGUGUGUUGUCAGUAUAGCAGGAGAAGGUGUUAGUUUGUGUCACGAUGGAAAACUCUCAUGGCUUGAGAUAGCAACAAAGAGCCAUGUUUUUCUAUUUGAUAUCUUCCUUCUGGGACCUCGGGCUUUCAAAAAUUAUUUACAAAUGGUGCUGGAAGAUAAAAAUAUCUUGAAGGUCAUGCAUGACUGCCGCUGGAUCUCAAGCUGCCUCUUUCACCAGUACAGUGUCGUUCUCUUCAAUGUUUUUGAUACACAGGUUGCUGAUGCUUUGCAGUUCUCAAAGGCAACAGGUGGCUUUCUUCCACACCGUGUCUGCACGUUACAGGAGUGUUUGAUGCAGCACUUGAAGAUACCUUCCAAAUGGGAUGCCAUCAUGAAGUGCAGGCAGCAGAUGGCUUCAGAGAAUCCUGACAUGUGGGUCUUAAGACCCUUUCCAGCUUCUUUCCUUAAAGCACUUGCUCUGAAGGCUAUGUGCCUUCUGCUGCUCCACUCAUCUCUAAUGGAUGAUUUGAUGUCUGACCUAACAGCUGUGGUGCACGAUUAUUUAAAUGCUUCUCAGACUGGGUCUGGAGAUCAUCUUGGGAACAUGAAGCCCACUUGCACGGAGCUGCCAGAGGAGCUGCAUCAACUGGCACACAUCCAGAAGCUGCAAAGGGAGAAAGCAAUAAAAGACUACAGAAUGGAUAAUGAUGGUCUUUUGACCAGACCAGCCGUGGAAUUAAGAGAGAGAAACGAUCCACAGAAGGAUGGGAACUACAGAGAUGACAGGGAUUGCUUUCCUACAAAUAAAGUGGUGUCUCAAAUUACAUCCUUCUGCAGUCGGGAUGUACUUUGUCAAGAAAAGCUUGAAAAUCAAAAUCAAGUGGUAAAUCUGUGGAAGAACCUUAAACUGAGCUCAGGCUGGCCAUAUAACUCUAAUUUCUGAUACUGGUGACUUGAUGAGCUUAGACUGGCUAUUUGAAGACAUCCAAAUGAAAAAAGGGGCUAUUCCCCACGCAGAAGUGUCAAACAGAAGCUCCUUUAUUUACAAUGACAGGUAAAACCAUUGUUGAACGGAAAUAAUGAUGGUCUCUCUUUCAAAGGAAAUUCCUUCUGUGUCUGACUGUUCUUCUUGAGGUCUGUUUUUGAGAUCCAUUUUUUUUCAAGAGGUAUUUUUCAUUUUAAAACCGUGCCUUUUGUUUCUCUUGUGUUGUUACCAGACCAAUGUCUUAUAUUGUAUUGGCUCUUUUGCUACCUGUUGCAGGUAUGUAAAUCCCUCAUCCAAUCCAGAUAUGUAAGCAGGGGAGCUUAUAAAAUGCCUGUUCGUUGAGAUUAGAAAGGGUUUGCUUGGAAAAAUAAAAAACCUUCCAGCCAA